AUGUUGUUCGAUCUUAAGACCACUGUUCUGUUCGGCCUUCUGGCCCUGGCUCAAGCUAGCCCCGUCUCUGUUCCUGGCACUGCCGAAAUUGAAACUCGUGCAAAGAGCAAGAAGGUUCAGGAUUACAUGUGUGGCACUGUCACUUUGCAGAAGAACGACAUCGGGGCUGCACUUGUGAAGGGCAGAGCCUCCGCAGACAGGACCGAGGGCAACAAUGGCCUCCGAAACAAGUUCCCUCACUAUUUUGGCAACCAGCCUGCCAUCUUUGGAGCUACUGCUGAGCUCAGAGAGUACCCGAUUAUUGAGGGUGGAACAUUCCAAGGUCAAAUGUGGCCUGGCACUUACCGUGUGGUUUACAAGAAAGAUGGUCAGCAGGACUUCGUUGGAGUCAUGGUCGAGGGUAACGGAGGUACCUUUACCAUUUGCGCUCCCGCCCCGACUGCUCCGGAGGCACCGCCUGCCCCUCCUGCCCCUCCUGCCAAGGCUUAG